AUGGGGAAGGCUGGGAACGAGAGGAGAGGCGGCAGCAGCAGCGAGGCGAGCGGAGGGCUGACAGGGGAGCAGGAUAGGGGGAGCAGGGGGGGCGAGGAAGCGGAGGAGGACGGGGAGAAGGAGCAGAGGAGGCGGAGUGGCGGAGGGCGGAGGGGAGCAUCGGUGGUGAACAGGGGGGCGUGGACGGCGGAGGAGGAUGAGCGGCUGGCGGCGCUGGUGGCGGUGCACGGGGCGAAAAACUGGAGCGUCAUCGCUGCUGGUAUCCCUGGCAGGCCGGGGAAGAGCUGCCGACUCAGGUGGUGCAACCAGCUGGACCCGGCGUUGAGGCGAGGCCAGUUCACGGUGGAGGAGGAUGCGCGCAUCAUCACAGCGCACGCCAUCCACGGCAACAAGUGGGCCCUCAUCGCCAAGAACCUUCCCGGACGCACGGACAACGCCAUAAAGAACUAUUGGAACUCCGCCAUGCGCCGCAAGUACCCUCUCCUGCGCGGCCUCUCCACGCCCCCUCAAGGCCCCCCACACUCCGCCCAGGCCCACUCCGCACAGUCCCACUCCGCCUCGCCCUCCCACCCUGCACCAGCGCAGCCCCAGCCCUCCCACGCGCCCGCCCUCCCCUCUGGCAACCAGCAGGGGGGAGAGGAGGGCGCGUACGAGCGGGCAGUGCGGUUUGUGGCGGGCGUGCAGGCGAGGGGCGUGGCGGCGCUGGUGGAGGAGGUGGAAAGAGUCAGGGAGGAGGGCGUGGGGCGCAUCCGCAAGAUCCUGGAAGGUUCGCCCCUGGGUGAUGCGGCGCUGCUGCAGGCGAGGGAGGUGGGUGUAAGCGAGGGAGACGAGAGGGAAGAAGGAAUGGCCGAGGAGAGCGAGGAGUGGGGGGAUGGAGAGCAGCAGACGGUGCAGGGAGCAGGGGAAUGGGAGACAGUGCAGGGGGAGGCGAGGGUAGGGGGGUGGAGGGCGAGUGAGGCGAUAGAGGGGGGGAGAGGAGUGAAGCAGGAAGUAGAGGAGGGGGUGGAUGGCAUAGAAGAUUAUAGAGGGAUGGAAGAGGAGGGUGGAUUGUGUGCUCCGGAGCUACACGCCUCAACAGCAUGUGCUCUCCCUCCGCCCCUGGCACAGUGUGACGUCGUGCCUUUUGCCAGCCAGACUGCCGCCAACAUCAGCCAUGCGACCCAUGCGACGAGGGCGAGUGGUGGCAGUGACAGCACGCACGCUGGGGGCGUGCCUGUGGAGGCUCAUGAUGCGGAUGACUUAGUUCCACACAGUGCGGGUGGGAGCAGCAGCAGGAAAAGGCGGUAUGAGGCCUGCUGUGCGGAUCAUGUGGGCGCUCGUGCUGCCCACGGUGCUGCUGCUACUGGCGGUGGUGGUGGUGCUGCUGCCACGAGUCAGCACAGCGCCCUCACCUGCCACUUUGACCGCCGCCCUCGCUUCCGAGUGUCACCCACUGCCCUCCCUGUCACCUCGUCUGUGCCUGCACCCACUGCUGCUUCGCCUCCACUGCUGCCGCCUCCCACCCUUCCCACCACCACCCCUACUGUUACCACCUCCUCCCUCCCUCUCUCACACACCUCUCAAGGCGCCACCCAGCAGACACACACACCGUCACCAUCACCAUCCUCCCCACCACUCACUCCCUCUUGCCCUCCCUCCCUCACUCACCCCCACCACCACCAUUCCCUCGCCCCUCCACAUCUCUCCUCGCGCUUUUCAUUCGCCACUCUCCCCUCCGGCCUCUCCCACUCCUCUCUCCUCCCUGCCACCCACACUCCCUCCCUUCUCCAGCCCUCCCAACCAUCCAAUCCUCCCACACCCCUUACUGCCCAGCCACUCCCGCUUGACCGAGCCUCAGGUCCUGGUUCGGGUGAAAGCGGCCUGGUAGGUGCAGGACAGGCGGCAGCAAAACAUGGUGGCGGUGGCAUGAGGGGCGGUGGAGGAGGGGACGGGAGCAUGAGGGGGGUGGGUUUGGGGGCAUUUCAGCUGGGGAAGGUGUUUACUGCAGUGCAGGUGACAGGGGGCGAUGAGAGCUUGUGCACGCACAGGGGGUGUGAGGCCGAUGAACAGUGUAAGGCAGCCGCGAGACAAGGGGAGAGGCAGGGACAAGAAUGGGAAAAGGAAGGAGGCUGUGCAGGAGAGAGAAUUGAGAUUUCGGAGGUUACGGAGGAGGAAAGCAGAGGGCAGCAGGGGAUGGAAGUCUGUGGGUCAGAGAAAGAGAAGACCCUGUGCCCACACGGAAUAGAUAAAACCAACUCACAGCCCUUGCAGCACAGUCUGCACCCAGACACAUGCCUUGUUGGUGCAGUCCCACAGCCAAUGCAAGACUGCCACGUGGCAGGGCAGGGGCAGUGUGGGGCACGCGUGCGGCGGCACGUGCAUCGAGUAUUGGCGUCGGCAUGUGGGGUGGCCCGGCUGCUGCUGGAGGAGCUGCAAUGGCGGCACGGAAUGGUGGAGGGGCGAGCCGACGAGGAGGACGUGGAGGAGCGGUGGGGGAACGUAAGAGGAGAAGGUGGUGAGGGGCCACAGGUGGUAGAUCCGGUGGGGGAUGUGCGUUGUUGCAGUGAUGAGCGGUGCUGCUCGGUGAGCAGUGGUGCUGAGGGUGCAGCUGAGGGCAUGGCAUGCCGGCAUGUGCUGGAUGCCAUGUUGGCUCGCCACCUUUCUCCCCCCGGCCCACCCACCCUCCCACCCGCGCUCUUUCCCCCCUGCUCUCCCCCCCUUGCUCUCUACCCCCCGCUCUCCACCCCUGCGCAUCCACCAGGGAUAGUGGCAGCGAGCGGGUCCCCCCGUGCAGCGCUGCUGCUGCUGGUGGCGUCAACGGUGUACCACGUGGUGGUGCGCGCAGGGCUCACCACGCUGUGCCUCACGCUGCUCGCCUCCUUCCUGGCCUGCGACCUGCUGCUCCUCCUCGCCUCCUCCCUCCAAGAUGACCCCGCCCAACCCGACUCGUCCCCCGCAAACCAGUCCCAAGCAAGCACUGCUGGGGGGGGGGAGCCUGGGGUAGGGGUGGAGGGAGCGGUAGGGGAGGGGGAAGCGGGGUUGGCAGGGGGAGGGGGGGCCGGGGGAGAGGCGAGUGGGGGCGGGGAGAUAGAGCGCAUAGUGCGGUGCAGCAACCACUACGAGGUGCUUCGCCUGGCGCCCUUCUGUGCGGCUGUGGACGAGAGCGCCCUGAAGAAGGAGUACCGCCGCAUGGCAAUGCUAGUGCAUCCGGACAAGCAUGGGGGGGACGAGAAGAAUGCCAUAGUGGCUUUUCAACGCCUGCAGAGCGCAUACGAGGUGUUAUCAGACGAGGGGAGGCGGCGAGAAUACGAGGGCGAGCUGAGGCGCGAGCAGCUCGUUGAGCUCAUCACACGCCGGGCUGCACACAUGUGGCAGACGAGCAGCACAACAACUGGCAGGGCGGCAGCAGGGGGCAUGGGAGGGGCAGCAGGGAAAGGGGGAGGGGGGGUGGGGCAGGCAGGGGGGCCAGCAGGGGGCGAGGAGGAGGAGGGGGGGCGGCCAGUGGCAUGCACAGAGUGUGGGAUGGCGCAUGUGUGGCGCCCCGUCAACCGCCCCUGCAGCCAAGCCCGCUGGUGCCAGGAGUGUGAGAGGCACCACCCAUGCAAGGAGGGGGAUGGCUGGGUGGAACAACUUCCCCAGCCUGCCUUGUUUGGCAUGCUCUCUCUUAAGGGCCCACAGCACUUUUACACGUGCACGGACGGACAGGUCUACCGCAUCACUGACUGGGCGCGCUGCCAGGUGGGUACGGUGCUGCCAGGUGGGUUGCUCUGCUGCCAGGUGGGUUGCUCUGCUGCCAGUCCAGCGGCUACCUCGGAGGACGGUUCGCUGUCGUUCACGCUGGACUCUGGAGCCUCACACUGCUUCUUUCGUGACAGCACGACACUUACACCACUUCCUGCGCCUGUUUCUGUGGCGCUGGCUGAUCCCACUUCGGGACCAGUCACCGCGCGUCACACUACCACUUUGCCGUGUCCUGCUGCUCCUUCUGGGUCUCUCACUGGGUUUCACGUCCCCUCGUUCUCCCGGAACUUGGUGGGCGUGCGACCCCUCGUGAGUCAGCACGUGGGUGUGUGGUCUCUACACUCUUCACACUGGCCCGAGUGCGCAGCAGCAGCCGCAGCAGCAGCAGCAGCAGCAGCAGCAGCAGCAGCAGCAGCAGCAGCAGCAGCAGCAGCAGCAGCAGCAGCAGCAGCAGCAGCAGCAGCAGCAGCAGCAGCAGCAGCAGCAGCAGCAGCAGCAGCAGCAGCAGCAGCAGCAGCAGCAGCCCCAGCAGCAGCAGCAGCCGCAGCAGCAGCCGCAGCGGCAGCCGCCCCUACUGCCACCGGUCCCUGUUUCGCCCCCCGUUCGAGUCCCCGCGUCUCACCAGGUUGCUCCGUCCCCCCAGGUAGCUGUGUCUUGUCAGGUCUCCCGCGUGUCUUGCCGUCGCUGCCGCCGUCCCUUGCACCACCGUGCGGUCCUUGCGUCGAGGGUAGGCUGCGCGCCACCCCUCACUCCUCCUCCCUUCGUCCGGCCACCGAGCCUUUUGAGACGCUUCACUUGGACGUCUGGGGCCCCUCUCCUCGCCCUGGCCCUGAGCGUGAGCGUUUCUUUUUGGUGGUCGUUGACGACUACUCCCGCUACACCACAGUGUUCCCCCUGGCGAAGAAGUCUGAGGUGACUUCUACGCUGAUCAGGUGGUUGCUUACCACGCAGGACACUCGUGGUCGUCGUGUCAGCUGUCUCCACUCCGACCGCGGGGGUGAGUUUCGCUCCGGCAUUCUCGCUGGAUUCUGUCGCGAGCAGGGCAUUCGUCAGUCCUGGACGCUUCCAGAGUCCCCACAGCAGAAUGGGGUUGCUGAGCGCCGCAUAGGCUUGGUCAUGGAGAUCGCCCGCACCUCCCUGACUCACGCCCGUGCCCCCCAUUUUCUGUGGCCCUACGCGGUCAGGUACGCCGCGCACCAGCUGAACCUCUGGCCACGCGUCUCUCGGCCAGAGGCUUCACCGACCAGUCUUUGGACCGGGUCCCCUGGUGUUGCGUCGAGGUUUCGUGUCUGGGGGUGCUUGGCUCUUGUCCGCGACACCUCCGCGGACAAGCUCUCGCCUCGCGCCGUUCCUUGUGUCUUCCUUGGUUUCCCUGAGGACUCCUCUGACUUCACCUUUUACCACCCUCCCUCUCACCGGUUCUUUGACUCCCGUGACGUCCGUUUCGAGGAGUCCACCCCCUACUACGUCAGCCCCGUCCGGUGUGUCCCAGGCUACCCCUCCCCCUUCGGUAGCCCCUCCGGUACAGCCUCCCUCCCCACAGUCUUCCUCGCCGCGUCCUGCAGGUGCUCGCUCUAG